CCCCAAUCAGCUGGUCGCAGUUUCAUCUCGCUCCGUCGCGCUCUCCCCGCCUCUCGCUCUCUCGCUCGCUCGCGCACAACUGAGUAGUCGCUGGGUUUUUUUUUACAAAGUACCCAAAUUCAAUGUGCUUUUACAUCAACAAACGCUGGUCCGCGCAAUAAGUGAGGUGUGUGAAUUAUGCGGCGCAGCAGCAGCCUGAAAUGAUGCACUCCGCCAGCACCCCGAACUGAGCACUGAUCUAGUUGUUGUUUAAUUAAAUCACAAUCCCCACAAAUCUGAGCGAAUAAAGAACUGAACUGAACAAAAAAGAAAGCGCGAUGUGCGACGGUGAAAUUUGCGAGCCAGUGACUCAGCCACGUUCCGAGGGCGGCGGCGGUGGAUCGUCCGGAGCGUCGGAGCAGGAACUGCGGGUGCCCUACAUCGAUAAACAGCCCGGCGAGAUCCACCUGACCAACGGUGGAACACCUGCAACGCCGACCCCAGUGCAGGUGGAUCCCCUCCAGGUAGCCCACUGGGCCGUGGAGGACGUGACCAGCUGGGCCAUUCAAACCGAUCACUUCUCGAAAAUCUUACUUGAUUGCCUGCGCCUGGAGGCCGUCGACGGUGAGGUCCUGCUCUCCCUCACCGAGGACGACGUCCGGGACAUGCGCUACCGCCUGGGAUACAAGCUCACCUUUGGCGAACUGAAAAAGUUCUGGAUUGCGGUGCUGCGACUCCAGCUGCUGGUGAAGAACAGCUCUGCGGAUUCCGUGUUGCUGGGCAUCGAGAGCCACGGCGGCCAUUCCGUUUACCUGCCGCUGGCCACAUCCGCUGGACCGCCUUCCUCCUCAACGUGUCCCUGCCCGCAGCCCGAGUGCCCCAGCACAGUGUCCGACUGCGAUACUUACAUGCGCAUGGGCGGACGCUAUGUGACGCCCGAGUACUUCAAGACCGCCAUGAGCUUAGCCUAUUCGUUCGUGGUUACCUGGAUAACGUCAUUCGUCAUGGUGAUCGUGCACGAGCGAGUGCCGGACAUGAAGCGUUAUCCCCCGCUACCCGAUAUCUUCCUGGAUAAUGUACCCCACAUCCCGUGGGCGUUCAACAUGUGCGAAAUCACCGGAACUCUGCUAUUUACCGUAUGGGUUGUAGUUCUGAUCUUCCACAAGUACCGCAUGGUGCUUUUGAGACGCUUCUUCGCCCUGGCGGGCACGGUUUUCCUGCUGCGCUGCGUCACCAUGCUGAUCACCUCGCUAAGUGUGCCGGGAACGCAUCUGCAGUGCAGCCAGAAAGACUUUGCCGUCGAUGAUCCCAAUGUGGACAUGGUGGGCGCAUUGAUCAUUCGGAUGACGCGCGCCUAUCGCAUCUGGAGCGGCCUGGGCAUGUCCAUACAGGGAGUGCGCACCUGUGGCGAUUACAUGUUCAGCGGUCACACGGUGGCACUCACCCUGCUCAACUUUUUUAUCACAGAGUAUACCCCGCGGAAUUUGUACUUUCUGCACACGCUCACCUGGCUGCUCAACAUGUUUGGCAUCUUUUUCAUCCUGGCCGCCCACGAGCACUACUCCAUCGAUGUGUUUGUGGCCUUUUACAUCACAUCGAGGCUGUUUCUUUAUUACCAUACUUUGGCCAACAAUCGGGCUCUCAUGCAAAGCGACUCAAAGCGGACGCGAAUUUGGUUUCCCAUGUUCAGCUACUUUGAGAGCAGCGUCGAUGGGAUGGUGCCCAACGAAUAUGAUACGCCCGGCUCACUUAUCGAUGGCAUCAUAGAUCAGAUAUUCUGGAUCAAGGAUCAAGUUAUCAUAACCAUAAAACGCAUCUGGGUAGAUGCUCAUUCUCCCCUGUCCUCCAAGUCAUCGAUUCAGAUCUUUGGCUCGGAUUCUAAUGAAUGUGUGCACAACACAACCACCUUCUUUAGUCCAGUACCUUCGGCAUCUGGUGGCCUCAACAAUGCGGCAGCUACUGGCACGGCCACAACAGCGCCGGUGUCGCCAAAGAGUCAGGCGCAAGGGAAGGCCUUCAGGGACAUCAGCGUGGAUCCAUUAUCCAGGACGACAUUCGCCGCCCCUUCCCCUUCCGACGCUAACUCGCAGUCGGUCGCCAAGGAUACGCCGCUAAAGCAGAAGAAGGUGCUCUGAUUUCCCCAGCCGUUGGCUCUUCCAAACCCGCUUACUCCGUUCUUCGAAAAGCAACAAUAUGCUGAAAUCAACCACAACACCGACUGAUAUUUUUAUUUCGAAAUUUCCCCUAUUUCCGCCUUCCCCUACUCCCCUCCCAACUGUUACAGCACGUCCUCCUAAUCCUAAUCCUGCUCCUCCAUUGUAUUACUGUAUGCAUUCUACCAUUCGUAGUGCCUUCCGGGUCAUUCCCCCACUUCUAGAACGUCGCCAGAGCCUUUCCCUUGCUUCUCUUUGCGGGAGACUCUCCAUAUCGGCUGGUAAACGAUGAAGAAGAUGUUUUUGAAACCCUCCUCAUUCCGUUCAAUUCGGCUUUGAACUAAAUGUAUUUAUUAAUUGAAGAAGACUUCUAAUGCAUUAUUAUUAUGUAAUUGUAAGCAUGUGAAACAACUGUAUUUUUAGUUAAUUAGUGAUAAGUUUGGAAAGUUUUGUUGAACGCACAAGAAUCAAUAAAUGAAAAUGAAUA